AUGGCAACGUUGCAGAAGGCGUACAAGGGUCCCAGAAAGCUGGUCAUUAGCUUCGAUUUCGGCACUACAUACUCUGGAGCCAGCGUCUGCCUUCUUCAGCCGGGGUCCAAACCAGAUAUCAGGCCAAUGCUCGCGUGGUCUAACGACGCGCGAGGCGAAGCAAAAUUUCCUUCCGUCGUCUACUACUCUCGCUCUAAAAGAGCAGUUCGCGGAUACGGCAAUGCUCUCAAUGUAGAGGGUCAAGAUCUCGCAGACGCUUUGCAUGAUGGAGAAGUGGAGACGGCGAGCCUGUGGAAGCUCAAGUUCAAACCUGACCACAUAGAGCUUCAAGGGAUCAACGAUCCGGCAGACUUAGUCAAGCUUCCAACCUACAAGAGUGCAACAGAAGCCACGGCAGACUUUCUAGGUCUGGCUUACAGGGAUCUCAUGGAAUAUAUCAAGUCGCGCAAGACCAUGGAAGGGCUUGCAGUAGAGCAAGGCAUAGACGUCGAGCUUGUACUCAGUCACCCAAAUGGAUGGGAGGGCGUCCAGCAGACGGAAAUGAGGAAAGCGUGUGAGCUUGCUGGACUGACGAAAGUGCCACAACAUUCUGUCAACAUCACCUUCAUUUCCGAAGGAGAGGCAUCGCUCCAUUAUAUGGCAUCGCAAAUCGAAGAAGGAGAUGUCACGGUCAUCGUGGAUGCGGGAGGUGGAACCAUUGAUAUUUCAACGUACCACCGUUCUAGGGGCCUGUUCAGACAAGUUGCUUUGCCUGCUUGCAUCUACGCUGGAUCUACCACACUAGACACUGCAGCUAAAGCCAUCAUAGAUGAACUAGUUGAAGAUCGAAGAACUCGCGAACACGCCUAUGAGAAGUGGUCGCAAGUGAAACUUCAUCUCAAGAAUAAUGCCAAAGACCAUCCAUUGAGCAUCUAUGUAGACGAGGACACGACACCGCCACCAGCCGCAGAUCACGACAAAACCUUGGCGUACGUCAAGAAUGGAAGCCUGGUUCUCACCAAAGCCGCGAUCCGACAAAUUUUCCGCGAUUCUAUCGACGGAACGGUCUUGAGCGUCCUCGAAAAAAUUCGAUAUUGCUCAGAGAAAGAAAGACUUCGAGUCAACCGCGUGGCGUUCCUCGGUGGCCUUGGAGAGUCGCAACUCUACCGUUCUGAGGUCGAGAAAAGACUUCGCACUGCGAGAGGGCUUGUCAGCCACGAAAUUGUCUUCUGUAAACCUGACCAAGCCAACGAAAAGGCUGUAGCUUCUGGCGCCGCGCAAGCUAUGGCAGAAAAUCUCGUUGAGUUACAUCUGGCCCCGAUGCACUUCGGCAUCGAAGUCAAACGCGAAUUCGACGCAGCAGACCCAGAGCAUCGAGCUCGUGCUCAUCACAAGUAUUUGGACAAUGUCACUGGCAAGUUUUUCAUCCCUGGGUAUUUUGCGCGUCUGGUCUCCAAAGGUGAAAGAGGCGCUUCAAACACUGGUCCAAGCGAAGACUUCUCAAUUACUACUUGGACCUCCGACCUGGCUUGCACUGCCGAUGAAGUGUACGCUUAUCGCGGCCACGACUGCCCCGAGUGGCUUGAUGAAGGAGACUUUGAGAAGGUGGCAAAGUUUAGCGUGGAUCUUGCAGAGCACGAAUUCGAGUGCACACCAAAGAAGAACACCCAACACGAACGCUACUUCAAUUGGACGUACUGGCUCCAAUUCCGUCUGUUCGGGGCGGAAAUCGCAGCUGUGUGCUCGCAAGGCAGCAAGAGCGUCACCAUUCGGGCCAGUCAUCCUGGCAUUGCAGCCGCGACUAAGCAGUCGACGAAGCCAGUCAAAGGCAAAGGUGCCUCGCCAGACGUCGCAACUAUCGAUUUAGACUCAGACUCUGAAUCCGACUGAGCUUAGUCCCGUCCGCCAAGGCUUGCAUGGGGACAUAUGUGGGCCCUCUGAAGGCCCUCGCCCAGUCGAUCAUCACGAGUACGUGCCAUCGUCCUGAUCAAAGCCGCAGUCCGAAAAGGGCGGCGGCGGCGCCCUGCGCUCAUGCAAAGCUCGACUCC